UGAAACUCUCUCUCUCUCUUGCGUCUGAUUGUGGUGUUGGAACGGGGCGGUUGGGACCAGAUCUCGGUGGGAGGGAGAGAGGCUUAAUGCUCUGAUAGCCAGACCUGUUCAGGAGCUUCGGAUGCUGGAGUUUCACGCAUGUCAGAGGAUACGAGGGAAGGGUGUGCAAAUGCAGCGAGAUGUUCAGUGCUGCAUGCAGUACUCUCACGGAAAAGUCCGGACCAAAGAUGUCCUGAGGUAUGAGAGGCAGACGGAGGGGCCGGAUUGCAGCAUAAGAGCCAUCAUAUUGUACACCAAAAAGGCAGUGAAGUGCGCUGAUCCGAGGGACAGGAAGGUGAAGAGGUUACUACGGAAACUGAACCAGAGGCUGGGAGCCAAAGCGCGCAGGACCAUGUGGUUACAUCCACAUUUGAAUCUGCCUGUUAUGUCGGAGGUCGCUGUUGUGAAUUCCCAAAAGAUGAACAAGACCAAGUGAAAGUCGAGGGAAGACAGAUGAUUGAUGAAACUCCAGCCUUCUUGUGUGUCACUGUUUUCUUACAUGUUUAAGAAAAUCUCUGUAGACUCAUUCACUA